AUGCAUAAAAAUAUAUUAAUAAUUUUGAUUAUAUAAUUAUUUAUCAAUAAAUUAAAAGCUGUAAAAUGUAAUUGGGGUACAGAAACUAAUCUUGAAGGUAUAGAUGAUAAUCUAGGAAAUCGAGCAAAUUGUGUUAACUGUAAAGCUAAUUAUUAUUUUAGUGGUGCUAAUUUCAUUCCUGGUGUCAGUUUAUGCGAACGCUGUCCAAUUUCAAAAUUUUAAGAUGCUAGAGCCAAUGAUGGUAAUAUUGCUACAUUAGCUGUUCAAUGCGAUAUUAAUUGUCCUACUGGUACUUAAACUGAACAAGGAAAUACUACUUAUGUAUUAUUAAGAAAUGAAUGCAAUUUUUGUAAGGCUAACUAUUAUUACGAAAGUUUUAUUAUUAAUUUCACAGGAGGUGUUGACAAAUGCAAUAAAUGUCCAGUAUAAAAAGCUUCUGGUUUUGAAGCAACUUUAGGAUCUAAUGCAAAACUAGCCAUAUAAUGUGACGUUACUUGCCCUACCGGAACAACAACUAAAACUGGAUCAACUAGUUAUGUAUCACAUAAAAAUGAAUGUGUUAAUUGCAAUGCUGACUUUUAUUUUGAUUCAUUUUACUUUUAUGCAGGUAUUAGUACAUGCAAACCUUGUCCAGUAAAAAAAACUUCUGGUGCUAUACAUACGGAAGGUUUAAAUGCUUAAAUAUAUAUCUAAUGCGAUGCUGAAUGUCCUUUUGGUACUGUAAUUUAUGAUGGAAAAACAACCUAUUUUAAAAAUGAUAAAUCCGAAUGUGUUAAAUGUGCUACUAAUUUUUAUACUAUAAAGUAAAAUGGUUGGAUAGCAGGUACUGAUACAUGCAUUCCUUGUCCUAAUAUUUUAAUUUUAAGUGGUAAAGCAAAUUACCCUUUUUCUGCUACUUAUGCUGCUUAAUGCAAAAUUGUUUUCUCUUAAUUUUUAACAUUUUCUUUAUUAUUAAUUUAUUUAUAUUUCUUAUGA